GCGACAUUCAGAGAGGAGAUGGCGGCCAGAGGGGGGUUUCAGACAGCACCGACGGGAGGUGGUGGUGGAGCAAUGGGACCUGGACCACCGGUACCGGGCGCAGGACCAGGAAUGGGCCCCGGGACUCCUUCUGGAAGGAUGGGACCGUCGUCGGCCGCGCAGAACCACAUGUACCGCUCCCCGAUGCCCGGGCCUGGGUACCCGAGACCGGGCAUGCCUCCAUCCAGCCGUAUGACCCCACAGGGACCAGCCAUGGGCCCCCCAGGAUACGGCAACAGCCCGGUGUCUCGCCCUGUGAUGCCUGGUGUGAUGGACCCGUCUCGCAAGAGGCCGGCCCCCCAACAGAUUCAGCAGGUGCAGCAGCAGAACCGCAACCAGCACACAAAGAAGAAGAAGAUGGCUGAUAAAAUUCUACCUCAGAGGAUCAGGGAACUGGUCCCAGAGUCUCAGGCUUACAUGGAUCUGCUGGCUUUUGAGAGGAAGCUGGACCAGACCAUCAUGCGCAAGAGGCUGGAUAUUCAGGAGGCCCUCAAAAGGCCCAUUAAGCAAAAGAGAAAACUGCGGAUCUUCAUAUCAAACACCUUCAACCCUGCAAAGCCAGAUGCUGAGGAUGGAGAAGGCACAGUUGCAUCAUGGGAGUUGCGUGUUGAGGGGCGUCUGCUGGAAGAUACGGCCGUGUCCAAAUAUGAAGCCACCAAACAGAAGCGAAAGUUCUCCUCUUUUUUCAAGUCUCUGGUGAUCGAGUUGGACAAGGACCUGUAUGGUCCAGAUAAUCACCUUGUAGAGUGGCACAGGACUGCCACCACCCAGGAGACUGAUGGUUUCCAGGUGAAGAGGCCUGGUGAUGUGGGUGUUCGCUGCACCGUCCUGCUCAUGCUCGACUACCAGCCCCCUCAGUUCAAGCUGGACCCCCGGCUGGCUCGUAUGCUGGGUAUCCACACCCAGACCAGACCUGUCAUCAUUCAGGCCCUGUGGCAGUACGUCAAGACCCACAAGCUCCAAGACCCUCAUGAGCGAGAGUUCAUCAACUGUGACAAAUACCUGCAGCAGAUCUUUGAGACUCAGCGAAUGAAGUUCUCUGAGAUCCCGCAGCGCUUGCAUGCACUCCUGAUGCCCCCAGAGCCCAUCAUCAUCAACCAUGUGAUCAGUGUGGACCCUAAUGACCAAAAGAAGACUGCUUGCUAUGACAUUGACGUGGAGGUGGAUGACACUCUGAAGACCCAGAUGAACUCCUUCCUGCUCUCCACAGCCAGUCAGCAGGAGAUAGCAGGGCUGGACAAUAAGAUCCAUGAAACCAUUGAGACCAUUAACCAGCUGAAGACCCAGAGAGAGUUCAUGUUGAGUUUUGCCAGAGAUCCUCAGGGUUUUAUCAACGACUGGCUGCAGUCCCAGUGCAGAGACCUCAAGACCAUGACAGAUGUGGUAGGAAACCCAGAAGAAGAGCGAAGAGCAGAGUUUUACUACCAGCCAUGGGCUCAAGAGGCCGUCUGUCGCUACUUCUACUCCAAGGUCCAGCAGAGGCGACAGGAGCUGGAGCAGGCGCUCGGCAUCAGGAACACCUAAAGAAAUUUGUCCACAGGCGGCAAAUAAGGAGGCAUGCUGUGCUGUCGGAGACUGUGUGUGUGUGUGUGUGUGUGUGUGUGUGUGUGUGUGUGUGCGUGUGCGUGUGCGCGUGCGCGCGUGUGUGUGUGCGCGUGUGUGUGAUGUUCAAAGUGAAUAUCUCACAGAGUUUACUGACAAACUUAGAGAGACAUAGAUACUAGAUGGCUUUACCGUUAUAUAGGAUGUCCUUUUUUUUCUUUUAUUUUCACCCUGCAGUUUGACGAUUACUGCAGUUUGAUUGCUACUUCCAAUUUUUUGUCUUUGUUUUUUCUCCUCACUGCAGAGCUCCUCGAGCACAGUGUGUUUUCUCUUGCAUGUCUAAGCCUUACCUGCAAGCAUUCCUUUCAUUUUGAUACAUUGUGCCCACACAAAAGUACAGAUUGUACACAAAUGAAAAGCAGAGGGCAGAUUGUGCCUGGCAACUUUUAAUGUAUUUUGUCCCUGAACCUAAAAAUAUCUUAAAUCAGUUGGAAUGUGUUGAUUCUGCCUUGGCUCUUUGUUCCACUCUUGGGAAAGUAAAUUUACAUUUUACACUCCUAACCCGGCCUCCGUAUGCUUGCCCAUUCAGUUAGAUAUUGAUUGUGUUUGUAAUCAAUCAGGCUACUUUGCUUCACAUUGGCUGUCCAUGUGUCACAUUGUCUUACGUUCUCAUUGGUUAUUUUUGACAGUUUGUGCCACAGUCUGUUGUACGAGAGAUGUUAAAAAGCUCAGUCAUGGCAGAAUAUACAUCUUUUGUAGAAGUUGUUUUUCCUUUCCUUUUUUCUUAUUAUCAAUGAUCCUUGUUUUAAAAAUAUGUAUUAUAUCAGUACUUGUCUUGUUAGCUAGUACAGAUUAUCAAGGAAGUAGCUAGUAUGAGUACCUCUAGUCUAUAUAGUUUUGUAAAUACUGAGCAGAAAAAACUGAAGAUGGAUGUGAAGUAAAACUGUAUCUCUUAUUCCGGCAGAUGUUUUUCUUAACUCUUUGUCUAUGCUCAGAUAGUUGAACGAGUAUUUAUAUUAUUAAUCGGCCCUCGUUGUCAGAGCACAGUGGUUUCGCUCUCCACGACAUUAAGACGGCAGUCACGUUUGACGAACCCCGGUUCUGCGGGACAAAAUGUUACACAGCAUUCAUGUCGCCUGCGGGCUGGGAGAAGUCCGACCUUCUCGCUUUUAGUUUUGUGUUAAUUAUGUGCAGAGAAGCCAUAAACACUUGAACAAGCUGAGUCACACUUCUGGCCAAGCAGAUCUGAAGAGUCGUAGCUUCUUUGUUUCCUGGCUGAAGACCUGACACCUGUUGAGUUUAAUGGUUGUUUCCCUGUUGAAGGUAAAGAUGAGUGUCCUUGCUGAAACUUUUGUGUGUGUGCAUUUCAUUAAUGAAUUCCAAGAAUACACUAACUUGGGUUUGGGCGGGUUCGUGAUUUGAAACAAAUGGUGGGAACCUCUGGGGUAUAAAACACAACACUGGGGGACUGUAGUAUUAUUUGAAUCUGCAGACUUUUUUCAUGGACCAAACCUAUUUUUCUGUAUGUUCUUAUUAUGUUAUAAUAAAGGAUAUGUAAAAUGUA